AUGCUCACCGUCCCGCCUCAGUACUAUCCGGUCCAAGGUGGCCUUGGUCAACCGCCGAUGAUGAUGUACUGCAACCCCUACCUCCCGCCUCUGGCGCCGCCCCCCUACACCCAGCUCCCAGCAUCCCUGGCAGCCCCUGCCGGCCUGACCCUCGGCACCACCCUCGCCGUCGGCCCAAACGGCCAACUCUAUCAAUACAUCUCCGGCUUCAACAACUCCAACCGCUUCCCUGUGUCAGCGCCCGUCAUCGACCCCGAUUUCCCCGCCGCCAACCACAUCAACAGCACCGGCGGCGCCGGCGUCGAGCCCGGGUUCAACUACUUCUUCCCAACCGAGCACGCCAAAGUCAUCGUGCUGAAGUGCUCCGCGCCUCCCUGGACGCUCGUCCCGGGGACGUACAGCGACAUUCCCUACCACGCGGCCAAAGUACCGGCCAACAUCACCUUGGCCGAGCUGCUGGUCGGGUUCGGCGCGACUAACCCGGACAAGGCCAGGAACCAGUUAUGGGAAUGUUACCCUCAAGGCGGAGGCGCGUGGGGCUGGAAGGAGCACGUCACAGGGGAUGAUGUGAUCAUGAUGGCGCGAACGGUGAGGGACAUGGGGUGGGUGGAGAAGAGGGAUGGGUGUGUGCAGACGGUGUAUUUAUGGAUUACCAAGAGUUGA